AUGUUCUCAUUCUUUAGACGACCAAAUAAUUCCUUUCCAUUAAACGUUAGUAAAUAUGUCAUUACAUGUAAUCAAAAGAAUAUUGAACUUCCAUUAUUUGAAGAAUUUCAUGAUGAGAUUUAUGUAUCUAAUCCAACAGACUUUGAAUAUGCUUUUAUUUUAGAUUGGCCUAAUCAUCAAUAUACAUUAAUAGCAGAACCAACGCGUGCAAUUCUUGGACCACACACUGGUGUGAGUAUUGGAAUAACUCUUAAAUUUUUAUGUUCAACAAAGAAUUAUUUACCAAUUAAAUUGUAUUGUAGUGAAGGUGAAAGUGUAGAUAAACAAGCACCUCAAUUCACAACCCAAAUUAAAUUCGGUAUUAUUGCUCAAGAAAGUGUUGUUUUUGAUGUUGAAACAAUCACUAAAUUUGAUACUAUUAAAACAGCUAAUUCAGGAGAAGUAUCUACCGCUUUAUUUAAUGGAAAAGAUGUUAUUAUGAAACAUUUCAAUAUAGACUGGAGUAGUGAAGCUCGUGAAAUGUUUGCUAAAGCAGCCAAAGAAUUAGCUGAUAUUCAAUGUCCACAACUUAUUAAAGUUAUUGGUGCAACAGUAGCUCCUGGAAGAGAAGCAUUUAUUAUUGAAUAUGCAAAAUUUGGAAAUAUUGCUACUUGUUAUCGUAGAGAAGACUUACCAAUAAAAUGGAUUAAAAAAGCAUUUAAUGAUGUAAUGACAGCAAUCAAAUAUUUACAUGAUAACAAUAAAGUUCAUGGGGAUAUUAAACCUCAAAAUUUAUUAGUUUUUUCAUUAAAUAAAAAAGAUGAUGUUGUAUGUAAAUUAUCUGAUUAUUGGAAUAUUCAACAAAUAACUGGAGUUUCUUCAGAUAUUAUCACUGAUGAUGAAAUGAUUUCUGUUGCUAUUUUCCAAGCACCUGAAGUUCUUAAAGGAAAAGAACCUACUAAAUCUUCUGAUAUUUAUUCUCUUGGAAUGUGUUUGUUAGAAAUCUUUCAACAACAUGAAAUCUAUCAAGACAAACCAUUUGUUAAUGGUUGGGACGCUGCUGUCCAAGUAGCAAAAGGAAAACGUCCUAAUUUCGAUACUGAUUUUAAUGAACAAAUAGCCUCAAUUAUUAAACAAUGUUGGCAACAAGACAAAGAUGAACGUCCAUCAAUUGAUGAAGUGAUUAACCAAUUCCAAUCCAUUAAAUUCUAA